CGCAUGCGCGACGUCGUGACCGCGCAGUUGUUUGAGACGUUUGAAAGCGGGUGAAGUUCCCGAUCAUCACAUCUGUCCGCCGGUCAUUACAGCACUUCAGCAGCGCGCUCGCUACAAUGGAGCUAAACGAUGCUAACCUCCAAACUCUGACGGAGUAUUUGCAGAAAACACUAAACCCAGAUCCACUUGUCAGGCGCCCAGCUGAGAAGUUUCUAGAGUCAGUAGAAGGGAAUCAGAACUAUCCGCUGUUGCUAUUGACGACACUAGAGAAGUCCCAGGAUGAGGUUAUCCGUGUGUGUGCUGCAGUCACCUUCAAGAACUACAUCAAGAGGAACUGGCGUAUAGUUGAAGAUGAACCCAACAAAAUAUCAGACCCUGAUCGAACAGCUAUCAAAGCUAACAUUGUAAAUUUGAUGCUUACCAGCCCUGAGCAAAUACAGAAACAGCUAAGUGAUGCAAUCAGCAUCAUCGGACGAGAAGACUUCCCACAGAAAUGGCCUGACCUCCUGACUGAGAUGGUGAACCGCUUUCAGGGUGGAGACUUCCACAUCAUUAAUGGGGUUCUUCGCACUGCUCACUCACUUUUUAAAAGAUAUCGUCAUGAGUUCAAGUCCAACGAACUGUGGAUGGAGAUCAAGCUGGUGCUGGACACUUUUGCUCAGCCCCUUACUGAGCUAUUUAAGGCCACAAUUGAUCUGUGUCAGACUCAUGCUACAGAUGUCAAUGCUUUGAAGGUCCUCUUCUCCUCCCUCACACUCAUAUCAAAGCUGUUCUACAGUCUCAAUUUCCAGGAUCUUCCUGAGUUCUUUGAGGACAACAUGGAGACUUGGAUGACUCAUUUCCACAAUUUGUUAACUUUGGAUAACAAACUUUUACAAACUGAUGAUGAAGAAGAAGCUGGUCUCCUGGAGCUGCUGAAAUCACAGAUUUGUGACAAUGCUGCACUGUAUGCACAGAAAUAUGACGAGGAAUUUCAGCCUUACCUGCCUCGCUUUGUUACAGCCAUCUGGAAUCUGCUGGUUACAACAGGACAGGAGGUCAAAUAUGAUCUACUGGUUAGCAAUGCAAUUCAGUUCCUGGCAUCAGUGUGUGAAAGGCCGCACUACAAGCAUCUGUUUGAAGACCAGAAUACACUCACCAGCAUCUGUGAAAAGGUCAUCGUUCCUAACAUGGAGUUCAGAAGUGCAGAUGAAGAAGCAUUUGAGGAUAAUUCAGAAGAGUACAUUAUAAGGGACCUUGAAGGCUCAGACAUCGACACAAGGCGGCGAGCUGCCUGUGAUCUGGUGCGAGGCCUGUGCAAGUUUUUUGAGGGACCUGUGACUGCCAUCUUUUCCGGUUAUGUCAACUCCAUGCUGACAGAGUAUGCCAAGAACCCUUCAGUGAACUGGAAACACAAAGAUGCAGCCAUUUAUCUGGUCACAUCGCUGGCCUCUAAGGCCCAGACACAAAAGCAUGGAAUCACACAAGCCAAUGAGUUGGUGAACCUGUCAGAGUUCUUUGUGAACCACAUUUUGCCAGAUCUGAGGUCUCCAAAUGUAAAUGAAUUUCCAGUCUUGAAGUCAGAUGCCAUCAAGUAUGUGAUGACCUUCAGAAGUCAGCUUCCUAAGGAGCAGCUGUUGGAGACCGUGCCUCUGCUGGUAGCUCACCUACGGGCUGAGAGCACAGUGCAGCACACCUAUGCUGCUCACGCCCUAGAGCGCCUCUUCACAAUGAGGGGACCCAACAACUCCACACUUAUCUCCGCUGCUGAGAUGGCACCAUUUACAGAGCAGCUCCUCAACAACCUGUUUAAUGCCCUGGCGAUACCUGGGUCCUCUGAGAAUGAAUACAUCAUGAAAGCCAUCAUGCGAAGCUUUUCCCUCCUACAAGAAGCAAUUGUGCCCUACAUUCCUACCUUGAUUGGCCAGCUUACUCAUAAACUCCUCCAAGUCAGCAAGAAUCCCAGCAAACCCCAUUUCAACCACUACCUGUUUGAGUCCCUGUGCCUGUCCAUCCGGAUCACAUGCAAAGCAAACCCAGUCAGUGUGAGCAGUUUUGAGGAGGCCCUUUUCCCUGUCUUCACAGAGAUUCUCCAGAGUGACGUGCAGGAGUUUGUUCCGUACGUGUUCCAGGUGAUGUCUCUGCUGUUGGAGAUCCACACUAACAACAUCCCCUCCUCCUACAUGGCCCUCUUCCCUCACCUGCUUCAGCCAGUUUUGUGGGAACGCACAGGCAACAUCCCCCCUCUGGUCCGGCUGCUGCAGGCAUACCUGGAGAAGGGUGGCGCCACCAUUGCCAGCUCUGCUGCAGAUAAAAUUCCUGGUCUGCUUGGAGUGUUCCAGAAGCUCAUCGCCUCCAAAGCCAAUGACCAUCAGGGCUUCUACCUGCUAAACAGCAUAGUGGAGCACAUGCCACCGGAGUCGAUUACUCAGUAUAGGAAGCAGAUAUUCAUCCUGCUUUUCCAGAGACUCCAGAGCUCAAAGACCACCAAGUUCCUCAAGAGUUUCAUGGUCUUCAUUAACCUGUACUGUGUGAAAUAUGGGGCAAUUGCUUUGCAGGAGAUAUUUGAUGACAUCCAGCCAAAAAUGUUUGGUAUGGUGUUGGAAAAGAUCGUGAUUCCAGAGGUGCAGAAAGUAUCUGGGCAAGUGGAAAAGAAGAUCUGUGCUGUGGGCAUCACGAAGAUCCUGACUGAGUGCCCAGCUAUGAUGGACACCGAAUACACCAAGCUCUGGCCUCUCGUGCUCCAGGCUCUGAUCGGUUUGUUCGAGUUGCCGGAGGACGACAGUAUUCCAGAUGAUGAGCAUUUCAUUGACAUUGAGGACACACCAGGGUACCAGACAGCAUUCUCUCAACUGGCCUUUGCUGGAAAGAAGGAACAUGAUCCAAUUGGAGAUGCUGUCAGCAAUCCCAAAAUCCUGCUGGCUCAGUCGUUACAUAAACUGUCCACAGCUUGCCCUGGCAGGGUUCCCUCAAUGCUGAGUACAAGUUUGAACACGGAGGCGCUCCAGUUCCUGCAGGGUUAUCUCCAGGCAGCUUCGGUCCAGCUGGUUUAAAGAGGACGCUGGCUUUCUCCACGCUUUGUUCCUAAAGUCUGUCAACGCACCACCGCAGGGGGAAGACGACGAGUCACUGUCGAGAUUGGGACUGACGUAACUGGACUACACGAACCGACAGACGGACCAGUCGACUUGACAUCUCACACACACAAGCAACAGCAGGGUUGCCCAAAAUUGUGCCGUCAUCUGCAAGAGGCUAUUUUUUAACAGUUGUAAAAAGACAAAAUGGAAAUGUGUAUGAAAUAUUGGACCAAGCAGAGAAUAGCAAAGCUAUCAGUGGGAAUGGUUGUCAGUUUGGUGGCCAAUCAGCUGCCAGUAUGCUGGCACAGUUAGAUAAGGUUGAGUCGAUGCUGCUUCAGCACAUGAGAAUAUUCGAUAUAGAGCUUUAUUCUGACUCCUUCAGUUUACCGGUCCGCUGGCAUUUAAAAUCUGGGACAACAUGUCCAUAACAUACAUAAACAGUAUUUUUUGAAAAGAUAAUGACUAAAAGAGACUUUGACGAACAUUUGACAAUACAAGUUGGACGACAUUUGAUGUCUUUGCAAAACAGUGGGAGUGUGUUUUUCUGUAGUUUCUGAAAUUGAUUUUACUGUACAAAAAUAAGGGCUGUCGUUGUGGCACUAAAAACAAAGCUCUUACACCUCCCACCACCCUAUUGUUCUCCUUAUUUUCUUCUUCUUUUCUUUGUUGCAUGUGUUUAUUGUUUUGUCUUUGUCUGGUCUUAGUUUUAAGGCUUUGUCUACUUGUUAAUAAAGAGAUGCACUUGUAA